AUGGAACCUUUUACAAGCAGUAUCCGACGAGAGCAAGAUGGUAGCUCGAACCCGCCCAUGUAUCGGAAGCUCAAUCUCACCAUUCCUUCCGGUCCUGUACCUCCCAAAAAAGGUGUAGAGCCUGCACAGCAACAUUGGGCAGUAGUUGGCCCUUCGGAUCGAACUGAGUUAUUGAAUAUUCUGCGUGGCCAGCACAUCUCCAUCCCACCCACCGCACGGUCCUACCCUUACCUCCUCACCGAUGAAGUCGCCGCUAAGGACCCCAAAUUACGAGUUGUUGGAAAUGCGAUUCAAUACAUCGGGUUCAGUGGUGAAGGAUCUGGAGCCAUUGGUGGCACGCGGGGCGCAUACCUGAGUGCUCGCUAUGAAAGUCUCCGCGAGGAGACGGAUUGGACCGUGGAACAAUUUCUGCGAGGGCAAACCUCACUCAAUCCCAUGGAAGGAGAGGAGCAAGGCACAGUGCAUGAUGGUGCACUAUUGCAGCAAGUAAUCACCGACCUGCAUCUGAAAAAGCUGCUUGACAUGCCGGUCGCAAAUCUUAGCAAUGGUCAGACUCGGCGGGCGCGUAUUGCGAAAGCUCUGCUGAGAAAGCCAGAGCUGCUGCUCCUCGAUGAGCCAUUCAUGGGCCUGGAUCCUGCCACCGUCCGAAGCAUCAGUGAUCUUCUGUACCAGCUGGCUCAAAAAAGCUCCCCACGGCUCGUUCUGGCCCUUCGCCCGCAGGAUGUGGUGCCCGAGUGGAUCACACAUAUGAUCCUGGUAGGCAACUCCAAUCAGGUUAUUCUACAGGGUUUGCGCUCAGAGAUUAUCCCGAAAUUGAAAGCAUGGGAACAUGUGGCGAUGGGAACAAAGAUGCGUGGGCCGGCUAAUCGCGAUUUGCUAGAAGCUCGCGCUCUGUUGAAGUCUGGUGUGCUUGAUGAGCAACUACUCCGAGACUUCUCCAACAGCCGACCCGAAGGCCGUGUGAAGGGCCAUGACGCUUUCCCUGGAGGAGAACCGCUGAUCGAGAUGGACGGGGUGCGUGUACAAUACGGUGAUAAAGCGGUCCUUGGUGACUGGAAACAGAAAGUGGACAAUAAGAUCAAAGAAGGACUGCACUGGACGGUGCGUCGAGGCCAGCGCUGGGCGAUUCUUGGCGCCAAUGGCUCGGGCAAGACAACGCUGCUGUCGCUCAUUACUUCGGACCACCCCCAAGCCUACGCGCUCCCAAUCAAAUUGUUUGGACGGGCUCGUCUCCCUGAAGUGGGCAAGCCUGCUAUCUCUAUUUUCGAGCUUCAAUCUCGACUUGGACAUUCGUCACCUGAGAUUCAUGCAUUCUUCCCUCGCCAGUUGUCAGUGCGUCAAUGCCUGGAGUCGGCAUUUGCAGAAACCUUCUUGGCGAAACCGAAAAUCUUCCACAAAAAUGACUUGGAAGUCGACGCCUUUCUUCGCUGCUUCAAGCCAGAGCUUGAUCCAGAUCACUCGCAGAAGGAGACAAAUCCACCCAUCGUAGACCACUCUGAGAAUUUCCCUAAACUUCCCGGCGUGAGCCCCAACUCACAAUUUCUCCCACCCGAUCAUGAUGUCGAGUACGCCGAUAAUGUUACGUUCGGACAAUUGAACACAGCGCAACAACGCAUUGUGUUGUUCUUGCGUGCCCUGAUUCAUAGGCCAGAUAUCGUGAUUCUGGAUGAGCCCUUCUCAGGCUUGACUGCUUCCCAACGUGACAAGUGCUUGGCAUUCCUUGACCAUGGAGAGGCGCUAUCUGUGUGGAAGAAAGGCAGCAAGUACCUGUUCAACGGUCUGUCAGAUGAUCAGGCUCUGAUUCUUAUCAGCCAUGUAAAGGAGGAAAUUCCUGACAGUGUCCGGUACUACAUGAGACUGCCCUCUGGAGGCGACGACUCCGAAGCUUUGGAUUUCCGAUUUGGCAUGCUCAAGUCCUUGAGCCGUCUCAAUGACCCCGAGGUCUGGGCUACGGCUUGGGCUCCUCCGAAUCGGUUUGAGCUGAGCAGUCGACGAACAUGGCGGAAGAACAAAGAAGACCUCGAGGUGACUGACAUCUCUAAAUACGAGUGGUACUCGAUCUAG